GUUGGGUCGUUUUUCGACAGCUACUCAUUUCCGGCAUGGCCGCGUGUGUUCCCCAGCAGCGUGUAAACUGAAGGCAGUUUUGAGUCCAAUAGAAUAAGCAGCAGUUUAUUUAUUAGGUCUGUUACUUGAAGAUGUCUUUUCGCGGAGGAGGUGGAAGAGGAGGCCGAGGAGGAGGAGGAUUCAGUAGAGGAGGAAGAGGAGGAGGAGGAUUUGGAGGAAGAGGAGGAGGAGGAGGAUUUGGAGGAAGAGGAGGAGGAUUUGGAGGAAGAGGAGGAUUUAACAGACAGCAGGAUUAUGGACCUCCAGAACAUGUUGUCGCACUGGGAGAGUUCAUGCACCCGUGUGAGGACGACAUUGUGUGUAAGUGUGUGACGGAGGAAAACAAGGUGCCCUACUUCAACGCUCCGGUGUAUCUAGAGAACAAGGAGCAGAUCGGCAAAGUGGACGAGAUCUUCGGCCAGCUCAGAGACUUUUAUUUUUCAGUCAAACUGUCACAAAACAUGAAGGCCUCGUCGUUCAAGAAAUUACAGAAGUUCUAUGUCGACCCUGCGAAGCUGCUGCCGCUUCAGAGAUUCCUCCCGAGACCCCCGGGUGAGAAAGGACCACCACGAGGAGGCAGAGGGGGAGGACGAGGGGGAGGACGAGGAGGUGGGUUCCGAGGGGGCCGAGGUGGUGGUGGUGGUCGCGGAGGAGGAUUUGGCGGAGGUCGAGGUGGAGGGUUCAGAGGUGGACGAGGAGGAGGAGGAAGAGGAGGAGGAUUUGGAGGAGGCCGUGGAUUCAGAGGUGGAAGAUGAUGGAGAGCGAUGCGCUGACUUUACUCCUGCCUCAGAGGAAACCUUCAGCCCGAGACGCCACGGACGGACGAUCGCUUUCCUCGCUCUUCCACACGCUGCCGUUUCUAUCCGAAAGUUUUUUAUUUUUAGUUCUGUUUUAACGUGUACAUCUUCACUGGUGCGAUUGACGCCAAAUGUCCGUAACCGACGUCGAGUGUUGUCUCGACCUCGGUAUGUUUCUCCUGUGCUGGUUGAAUCAGGAAUCGGUGACCAUCAACAUCACACUUUUUGGAUGUAACUUGAAAACAUUCAUAAUUUUGUUAUUGCAGAGAUAUGAAUGGAUCUGAAUUGUACAAUAUCCGUGCUAGCAUGCUAGGGCUAAAUAAAAUCUAUCUUGUUUGUA